AUCAAAUCACAACUUUGUUUUCACUAGCAAAGAGCCGACGAUUUAAUUUAUUAUUUGUGUAUAUUAAACAAUUCGAUCGAUUUUACAACAACCAGCAUUUUCACGAUGGCGUCGCUACAGAAACUCACGAUCUUCAGAGGGCCAGUUGGCAGCUUUGUUCGAAGCAUCAGCACCGGUGUUCCACGGUUUGAUAUCUUCAAAGUACAGUCUCCAGAGGAAUUCGACGAGAAAGUUCGUAAAAGCAAGGAUCCUGUGAUAGUGGACUUUUUCGCAACCUGGUGUGCCCCUUGCCGCAUGUUAACUCCCAGAAUCGAAACAAUAAUUGGAGAGAACGCCGGAAAAGUGAAACUGGCAAAGGUUGAUAUUGAUGAGCACACUGAUCUUGCGUUGGAUUACGAAGUGGCGUCCGUCCCGGUGCUACUAGCAAUACGAAACGGAAAGGUUGAGCAGCGCCUGGUAGGGUUGCAGGAUACAGACAAACUCCGAACGUGGGUGCAAAACGUGGUGGAAAAGAAAUGAACCCAUUACCAUCACACGCGAGGAGACUUUCAUUAUGUACGCUCAUGCUUAUCAUCCAUUAGAUGGAUCACGUUUAACAUUUUCAUUAGGAAAAUGUCUCCGAAAUUUUAAUUUCGAUCAAGUGUAAAGUGUGUUAGUUAGAAACUAUGAUUUUCCAUGGAAUGGAAUAAAGUUGUUACAAC